AAACAGGAUGUGGUGUUGGAUGAAACUUUUCCCCUACCCCACACCCCGCCCCUGUAGCUGUGGUCCCCACCCCUAGAAGACAGCGGAACCAAGGAAAGAAGAGGCCCCUGGACCUCCGACUCCCUGGUGGUGUGUGAGGUGGACCCUGAGCUACAGGAAAAGCUGAGGAAAUUCCGCUUCCGAAAAGAAACGGACAAUGCAGCCAUAAUAAUGAAGGUGGACAAAGACCGGCAGAUGGUGGUGCUGGAGGAAGAAUUUCAGAAUAUUUCUCCAGAGGAACUAAAAAUGGAGUUGCCUGAGAGACAGCCCAGGUUCGUGGUUUACAGCUACAAGUAUGUGCACGCCGAUGGCCGAGUGUCCUACCCCUUGUGUUUCAUCUUCUCCAGCCCCGUGGGCUGCAAGCCUGAACAACAGAUGAUGUAUGCAGGGAGCAAAAACAGGCUGGUGCAGACAGCAGAGCUCACAAAGGUGUUUGAAAUCCGCACCACUGAUGACCUCACCGAGGCCUGGCUCAAAGAGAAGUUGUCUUUCUUUCGUUGACCUCUGGGCCAGGCACCUGAACUCAAACCCUCUAGGGCCUGAACAUCCCAGACCUUAAAGAAAUUAAAAUGCAACAACUCAGACUCUCA